AUGGUCACUGCUGCCUUCAAAAUUCAAAAGUCCAAAACAGACAGACUAGCAGAAAUGGCGGCAACAUUAGCAGCAGGAGUGACUGUGGAUCACAUGGCCAGACGAUCCAAAGACGCUAGGCGCCUCGCCGAUUUCUACAUUGAGACAUUUGGAUUCGAGGAGGUAGAGAGCCCGCAGGUUGGGCAUCUCAAGGUGAUAUGGCUGGUUUUACCCGCAGCUUUUACUAUGCACAUUAUUCAGUGCGACCAAAAUCACCCUUCGAACCAGACUAACGAUACGUUACCGGACCCCGACCCUGCCAAAAUUCCCAAAGGCCCCCAUAUCUGCUUCUCAGUCUCCAACUUCGAAAUCUUUGUGCAGAAACUCAAGGAAAAGGGAUUUCCGUCUGCUCAUAGGCCAGUUGAAUAUAAUCCAACAGGCAGUAAGAAGAUCGAGCAGGUCUUUUUCUUUGAUCCAGAUGGCAACGGUUUGGAGGUUUCCGACUCCAUGGCGGUACAGUGGGUUGCUCAAAAUCGUAAUGUGGAUUUGAUGUGAAGCAGAAGAUCUCUACAGUUUCAUAAUUAACAAUAAGCUAGCCCAUAUGCAUCCUUUACUAAUUGUAGUAAUUAAUCUGUGGGUUUUAGUUUCUGUGUCAUCCUUUUUAUGACAUGAUCUGUACCAUGGUUGAAGCUUGUUUAAGUUGUUAUAGCCUCUCUGAGGUUGCUUGUCUUCGUUUUUGUUUCGUUAAAUUUAUGUUGUUUUCGAUCCCUUUCAGAUCUGUGCUUGUAAUUUACAUCUCAUUCAAAUAAAAUCCUGCACUUCCA